CAUUUCUCCAUUGACACUCUUCCAUCACCAGAUUUCUACAGAGAGAAUCUCGAUUGUGGUUUGUGCAUUGUGGCGACGACAGAUAAACCCGAAGGAGGAGAGACGCGCAGCGGCCGUCUCGGAGUGCUUCUGUCAUCAUUUUGGGCCAGUCUUGGAGAGGUUUUCGGUGGCCGUGAAGAAGAAAUCGAAAGCGAAGAAGAAGAGGAAGAAUUAGAUUUGGAGAUGGCUUCAAGAGUUGUCGUUGCUCCUGAGCAACCCAUCGUUGGAGGAGGGAAGCAGAAGAAUCCUCAGCCAGAAGUGAGGAAUCGGAGGGUUUUGAGAGACAUCGGAAACUUGGUUCCGGCACCAGUAGCUGAAGGCAAGCCGCAGAAUCAGAUCAGUCGUCCUAUAACAAGGAGAUUUGGUGCUCAGCUAUUGGCAAAUGGUCAAGUUCAAGACAAGAACAACUGCAAGAAACAGCAGCCUGAAAACCCCAACAUUCUAGUGGCAAAAAAUGGUGCAGUGAUAGCCAAGAAAUCUGCUAAAAGUCUCACUGCAAUCCUCACUGCUCGAAGCAAAGCUGCUUCUGGUGUGACUAAGAAGCUGAAGAAUCUGAUAGACAUCGAUGCAGUUGAUGCCGAUAACGAAUUGGCAGCAGUGGAGUAUGUUGAGGAUAUGUACAAUUUCUAUAAGCAAACAGAGCAAGAUGGCAGAGUUCAUGAUUACAUUGACUCACAGCCAGAGGUGAACUCUAAAAUGAGAGGCAUUCUGGUCGAUUGGUUGAUUGAAGUUCACAAAAAGUUUGAACUGGUGCCUGAGAGCCUCUACCUAACCAUCAACAUAGUGGACCGGUUUCUUGCAGUGAAGACUGUCCCGAGAAGGGAGCUUCAGUUGGUGGGCAUGAGCUCGAUGCUGAUUGCUUGCAAGUACGAGGAGAUAUGGGCACCGGAGGUGAGCGACUUCAUAGCCAUAUCGGAUAAUGCUUAUGUGAGGGAGCAAGUGCUUUUCAUGGAGAAGGCUAUUCUUGGGAAGCUGGAGUGGUACCUGACUGUUCCAACAGCUUACGUGUUUCUGGUUCGAUACAUCAAAGCAUCUGUCCCAUCUGAUAAGGAGAUGGAGAACAUGGUGUUCUUCUAUGCUGAACUUGGCUUGAUGAGCUACGCGACGAUCAUAGAGCACAGUCCUUCGAAGAUUGCAGCUUCUGCUGUAUAUGCUGCACGCUGUGCACUUAACAGAAGCCCCUUGUGGACUGAGACACUCCAGCAUCACACUGGCUACUCUGAGGGUCACUUGAUGGAGUGCGCGAAGAUGCUGGUCAGUUUCCACUUCGGAGCAGCAGGGAACAAGCUCAAGGCUGUGUAUCGAAAAUACACAAAUCCAGAGAGAGGAGCUGUUGCACUCAUUCCUCCUGCCUGUGCUCUCAUUCCAGUUCCAUUUUGAAUUUGCUGCUACUGUUAGUAAAUACUACAACCGUUUACUAUAUUAGUAAUUUCAAGUCAAAUUAGAGAUCAUUUGACUAUACUGAUGAAUGAAUUAAUUCAAUUUAUGUGUAAAUUGUGUUUAUUAA